UCCAGACGCUGCACCAGCAGCGGGGACACCUGCGGCUGGCAAGGGUGCCAUUACUUUUGACCUUACGGGUGUCGAAAGAGUCUCGCCCUGAUGCCCGGCAGAGGGAUAUGAUUCCACCCUGACAUCAUCACAUCUGCCAAUCUUUAUAUAUAAGUAGUCCCAACCUCAUCAUGGUCAUCAUCAUCAUCAUCAUCAUCAUCAUCUCCUUGCUUUCUCGUUCUUCGCGGCCAUUGAUAUUGAACAAAAACGUUAUCACAGAACUUUUCAACAGGUACAACAGGUUAAGGUUUAGCUGUAUCAUGGGCAGGCUUCAUCCUGAACUUUCAGAGAGGCUGUUUUUGAUCGAGGACGCGAUGAUCUUCGUCUUGGCCAAUUACUUUUUAUCAACGUACAACGACAAGUCUAAAAAGCCAACAGUAAUAAGAAAUGUAUUGACAACUAACACAACCAGGGUUGAACGAAUAGAUCAGCUUUUCUGUCCAGCGUCUUUUGGUGUUGACGCUUCUGCGUAAUAAGAGAAAGGAACGCAGCAAAAUUACCAUUCAUUUGAAGAUUGAUUAUCGAUUUGAUUUUCAUAGUGCCUGGCGGCUGGCGCUGCCGGGCACCAGCGCUAUUCGAGUAGACCGGUUAAUAUUUUUACAAUAUCGAAUUGUAAAGGUCCUGCUCAGCAAUCCACCCCACUUUGAGCUCCACCGCAGGUCCUAG